GACAGUUUCCUAAUGGGCCACAAUACAUACCACCACGCACGUGAAUGCGUGCCACAUCCGCGUUGCGCCGCCGCUCCGGUUCUCCCACCAACGACGAGGGCCGAUGAAUUAUCCGCCGCGGUGGACCACUCUGGCCUCCUCAAAGACAGACCGACAAAUCCCCCACUUUCUGCUCGACCCCUCUACCGUCUCCUCCUCAGCUUACCAUCCUCAUCUACACAAACCUCGGUUCUAAAAACUCUCGAAAUCACUCGGAGUAAAAGUCAUCUCUGACGCCCAAAGUCCCAAUUGACGCCAUGUCCCUCGAAUUUCCAUGGUCAGAGCUAAAAGCGGAGACGCUCCGUCGCGCAUGCCAUGAUUUAGGAGCGAGCGCGAGGAAGACAGGCUCGAGAGAGCUUGCUAUCGAGUUUCUGAGGAAGGUGGAGACAAAAGGACUUGAGGUUGCCCUAAAAGAGCAUGAAGCCGAAGUCGAAGCAGACACAACUGCGCCAAAACCACCUCGCGCGAAGCGUAGUCGACCCACGGACGAUGAGAACGGCGACGAAACAACAGAACCCAUCACAGAGGGUCGUCCAAAACGCAGCAAGGCAGUGGCAGCGGCGGCCGAGAAAGAAAAGGAGAAAGAGACGGCUCCAACGGGGAGGCGAGGGAGGAAGAAGGCGGAGGUGUCGGUCCCGCCUGUGAGCAAGAAGGGGAGGGGCCGACCAAAGAAGGUGAAGGAUUCCGAGGCUGAGGACGCAGAAGAUAAAGAGGACAUUGAGAAAGAAGAGGAGAAGGAAGGUGUGAAUGGCGGUGUGAAUGGUCUGUCGCUGGCCGAGAAUGGGUCGGGCGGAGAUGCUGAGAUGGAGGAUGGAGAGGCCGACGCAGAGGGCGAAGCAGAUGCAGAGGGUGAGCCGGAUGGUGAGUAUGAAGCUGCUGGCGUCUUCACGAAGGAGACAGCGACAGAAGGCCUUGUGCCGAUGAAUUCAUUGGAUGCUGCAGGACCUAUCGAGGGAGUAGAGAUCACUACGACUACGGUCAUCGAGACUGUCGAGACUGCUACCACCGCAUAAAUCGCAGUUGAAUCGUUCUCCUCCGGCUAGGAGAUCUUUGCUCAACUUCGAUACAUGAAAUGGGCAUCCAUCGGCUGCCUUGCCUUUCGAACUUUUCUCUGUUCUUUGUUUCUCACAUGGGCUACCGCUGUCACGAAUGUCGUUCUGGUUGCCAUCCUGCUUACCCUCUCUUCCUCGCUCGAAUUGCACGUUACGAACUGCACACGUACUUUACAUCGUUUUUGAUAGUGCACUGUGUAAUUAUUCCGUUCCAUCUUUGCAUGAAAUCGCCAACGCCAAUACGCUAUAGACUCAAAUUCUCC